ACUCCUUCCAUCGUCAACUCUGAGAAAAACUUUCUGUACAGUGAUAAGCAUUCUUCCUCACCCGAUCACGAAACAUGAGCACCCAGGGCCGUGCGAUGAUUGCAGACAAAGCUUGUACCCGAUGUAGCCAAUCGAAGAGAGGAUGCGACCGCGCAGUCCCCGGUUGUGGACGCUGUACAAGAAUCCGUCGAAGAUGCGAGUAUGAGGUCUCCAAGACGUCGCGCUUGAGCCCACCCCCUUCGCAAUCGCCAGGACCAGGGACGUUUCUGGUCUCAGAACCAACUGCACCAAACCAGCUCAAGAACGCCACCAUUCAGAAACUCGAGCCCUUGACGCCAGAAAGUGCCGUUGCAGCGUAUCGCCGGGCAGUCGAGCCGUGGUUUCCGAUUGCAUACCGAUUACAGGACCGACUCCAUCCGACAUGGGACGAGACUUCUCUGGAUGUUGCUUUACUCUGCCUUUCCAUUUUACUUCUCACCACCAGCCCUUCUAUGAAUGUCAACAGUGACGGCAAAACUUCUGAACUCGAAACCCUGUAUCUUCAAACCAAGAGUAGCCUCGCUUUGGCCGAAGGACUUGGAUUGAAUUCUUUUCCCAUCGUUCAAUCAAGAAUUUUGAUCACUCUUUUCGAAGUCAGCCAUGGCUUUUACCCAGCUGCUUAUAUCUCUAUUGGAGCCACGGUGAGAGCUGUAGACGCACUUGAAGAUCAUCCUACGGGAGAUGUCUUGCAACCUCACGGUUCAGCUGGAGCAGUCAGUGAGGAAGAGACAAUUUUGACUUGGUGCGGCAUUCUGGUCCUGGAUAGAUACAUCGCCACGGAAUCGGGCCCACGCUCAUCACUAACCCGCUCUCGAACCGCAUGGCUUCAUAACCUCCUGAAGCCAGCCCUUUGCCCAACACACGAGCCCAAUCAAGAUAAAAACAGCCCUAGGGCCCGCUUCGCGCGCCUGGUGGAAGCUUCCGCUAUGCUGGACAAGAUCCACACCACCAUAAACAGCCCCACGUCCGAGCAGAUAUUCAACUUGGAAGAGGUGAUGUUGACGGUCAAAACGUCAACUACCCUUCAGACGCUUCUGACCGAGGAGAUCCUGGCAGAGGAUCACCUCUACUCCGGCACUUUGGGGUUAUGUCAUAUUGCGCUCCUCCUAGCAUUCGAGAACGGCACCAAGAUAUCCUUCUCAGCCAGCAACGCAACUGAGAAUUGGAAUUCCCUCGCCACAACGUCUCUCCUCUCCAUCCUCUCCACCAUAACCAGUACAGUCGAACCUUUCACAGUAGGAACACGCUCCAUUGAUUUCAACUCCUUCCCGCCGCUCGUCACCUUCUUGGUGUACAAAGCGGCAAUGAUCACAACGGAGCGGCUAUCGAGGGGACUCGAUGCAGCAAAUGACGACGGAAUGGCAAGGUUGAGGACUCUGAGGAAGUUCUUGCGGAUUGUGGGAAAGCGGUGGUUGAGUUGUGAGCGUUACCUCAAGCUUCUUGAUGAAGACACGACUCCGAGGAUGUUGAAGGCUAUCGAGCAGGGGUAAGGGUCUUUUUAGUUUGACCCAUUGGCUCAGCGAUGCUAGUGAACGCCGAUAUUGCUUGUGCAAGUAAAUAUUAGCAACGUAUAUCAAAGAAGUGAGAAGCUCUAUGCUCUUAUGCUCAUGACACAUUUUGUCACCCAUAAUGUCUGUAAAUCAUAUUGAAAAGAAAAUAUAUUACAUUCUCCAAAGC